CGAGCACACAGAGCAGCACACAGGAACGCUCCGCGGAAUAAAUGCGGGCGCACGAGCCGGGCUGAGGUAAUCGAGGUCCACCGUGCGUCCGCCCUCUUUCCUAUUUAUACACACUUCACAUUUCUACAUGUGACACUUGGAGGUUAGCGCAGCUUACGAGCCCAGCGCCAUCCGAAGACAUUGCGCACUGCGAAGCGUCCAACUUUUCAGUCUGCUCUAAUAUACACCGCUGCCACAGGUGAAGGGAUUCUCCAUGUAAAAAAGUUGUGAGAGAGACCAACAUGUGAGAAAUUGGCCUCUCAGCCAAUCACAGAACAAAAGUUGACUUCUUUCAAUCACAGUCCUGACACGUCUAGCUUCCUGAACAUCACAAUGCAGGAGUCCGAGCCCAGCGUCUAUCAGCUGCAGCCCAACAUCAUCUCCGUGCGGCUCUUUAAGAGGAGAGUUGGGGGCCUGGGCUUCCUGGUGAAGCAGAGGUCUUGCAAACCACCUGUUAUUGUGUCAGACCUCAUUAGGGGUGGAGCAGCUGAGGAAUGCGGCCUGGUGCAGGUCGGGGAUAUUGUCCUGGCGGUCAACAACAAACCACUGGUGGACAUGAGCUAUGAGCGAGCACUGGAGACCCUGAAGAACCUCUCCCCGGAAAGCUAUGUUGUCCUCAUCCUCAGGGGGCCGGAGGGCUUCACCACCCACCUGGAAACCACUUUCUCCGGGGAUGGUAGGCAGAAGACGGUAAGGGUCACCAGGCCACUCUUCCCUGCCUUCAAGUCCUUUGACGGCUCACCACAGGAGUUGCAAAGUGGCAAAGAUCAGCUGCGGGCCAUUGAGAACCUUUCCCCAGCCCGAGAGCAAAGCUCGCUUAUCCAGAUCAACAGUGUGGUUUCGUCACUCAUAGCACCCGGAGACUCCACUGACUGCCAUGCCCUUGUCAAUGGCUUGGAGGAGAACAAGGACCUGUUGAAGGAGAUUGAGCCAGUGCUGAAGCAGCUGAAAAACAGCAAGAGGGAGAUCAAUGGAGAAGGGCAAAGGACAGUGGAGAGGAGAGAUGCAGAAGUUCAGGUGGACAGGGGUCCCAUUGUUGGAAAUGGGCUAGCUUUGGACACAGACAAGGUGCUCAGUGACCUGUGGAAGAAGGACAUGCCCACAGUGCUCAACAACCCUUACUCUGAGGGCGAGAAGCAGUCCCAAGGCAGAAUGUCCCCGACUAAAACUAUACAGAAUGGCAGCCCAUCCAAGUGCCCCCGCUUUAUGAAAGUGAAGAACUGGGAGACUGGAACAGUGUACAAUGACACGCUGCAUCUGAAAUCCAGCAAGGUACCUAUCUGCACUGAGCGUGUGUGUAUAGGCUCCAUCAUGACACCCAGUCAGCAGAACAGGAAACCAGAUGAGGUCCGAAACAAAGAAGAUCUGCUUCCCCUGGCAACAGAUUUCAUUGACCAGUACUACACCUCCAUAAAAAGAUUUGGCUCCAAGGCCCAUGUGGACAGGUUGGAGGAGGUGAAGAAAGAGAUUGAGGCAUCAGGAACUUACCAGCUGAAGGACACAGAACUCAUCUACGGGGCCAAGCAUGCCUGGAGGAAUGCUGCUCGCUGUGUGGGGCGCAUUCAGUGGUCCAAGCUGCAGGUAUUUGAUGCAAGGGACUGCACCACUGCACAUGGGAUGUUCAAUUACAUCUGCAACCACAUCAAGUAUGCCACCAACAAAGGAAAUCUCAGGUCUGCCAUUACCAUAUUUCCACAGAGGACAGAUGGCAAGCACGAUUUCCGGGUGUGGAACAGCCAGUUGAUUCGGUAUGCAGGCUACAAGCAGCCUGAUGGGUCUAUUCUGGGGGACCCAGCCUCUGUAGAAUUGACAGAGAUUUGUAUACAGCAGGGCUGGAAGCCACCGAAAGGGCGUUUCGAUGUCCUUCCCCUCCUCCUGCAGGCCAACGGCAAUGACCCAGAGCUCUUUGAGAUUCCCAGUGAUCUGAUCCUGGAGGUGCCAAUCACACACCCCAAGUUUGAGUGGUUUAAGGACCUAAAUCUGAAGUGGUACGGACUGCCUGCUGUGUCCAGCAUGCUGCUGGAGAUUGGGGGCCUGGAGUUUACAGCCUGCCCAUUCAGCGGUUGGUACAUGGGCACGGAAAUCGGUGUGCGUGACUUCUGUGAUGCCUCGCGUUACAACAUCAUGGAGGAUGUGGCUAAAAUGAUGGGUUUGGAUAUUCGGAAGACAUCAUCUCUAUGGAAAGACCAGGCUUUGGUGGAGAUCAACAUCGCGGUUCUCCACAGUUUCCAGAGUGCCAAAGUGACCAUUGUGGACCACCACUCUGCCACCGAGUCCUUCAUGAAACACAUGGAGAAUGAAUAUCGGAUGCGUGGGGGCUGCCCAGGGGACUGGGUCUGGAUUGUGCCGCCCAUGUCUGGGAGCAUCACACCUGUGUUCCACCAGGAGAUGCUCAGCUAUAGGCUGACGCCCUCCUUUGAGUACCAGCCCGACCCAUGGAACACACACGUGUGGAAGGGGGUGAAUGGGACCCCAACCAAGAAAAGAGCAAUUGGCUUUAAAAAGCUGGCAAAGGCAGUCAAGUUCUCAGCCACACUGAUGGGCCAAGCAAUGGCAAAGAGAGUCAAGGCCACCAUACUGUAUGCUACAGAAACAGGGAAGUCACAGGUCUAUGCAAAAACCUUGUGUGAGAUCUUCAAACAUGCUUUUGAUGCAAAGGUGAUGUCAAUGGAUGAAUAUGAUGUGGUGGACUUGGAACAUGAAACCCUGGUUUUAGUAGUGACGAGUACAUUUGGCAAUGGUGAUCCACCUGAAAAUGGAGAGAAAUUUGGUGCUGCCUUGAUGGAAAUGAGACAUCCAACUUCCAACUCAGAAGACCGAAAGAGCUACAAAGUUCGCUUCAACAGUGUUUCCUCCUACUCGGACACAAGAAAAUCUUCCAGCGAUGAACCUGAGCUGAAGGUGAACUUCGAGAGCACUGGACCUCUCGCCAAUGUUAGGUUCUCUGUGUUUGGCCUGGGAUCCAGGGCCUACCCACACUUCUGUGCCUUCGCUCAUGCCGUGGACACACUAUUUGAAGAGCUUGGUGGGGAGCGCAUCCUACGCAUGGGGGAGGGAGACGAGCUCUGCGGACAGGAGGAGUCCUUCAGAACUUGGGCCAAGAAGGUCUUUAAGGCUGCAUGUGAUGUCUUCUGUGUUGGAGAUGACGUCAAUAUCGAGAAGGCCAAUGAUUCACUAAUCAGCAAUGACCGUAGCUGGAAGAAGAGCAAGUUCCGUCUGGCUUACACAGCCGAGGCUCCUGAGUUGACACAAGCAUUGUACAAUGUACACAAGAAGAAGGUCUAUGGUGCAAAACUCCUUACUCGACAGAACCUACAAAGCCCCAAAUCCGAUCGCUCAACUAUCUUCCUGAGACUCCACACAAAUAAUCAUGAGAACCUGAAAUACCAGCCUGGAGAUCACCUGGGCAUCUUUCCCGGUAACCAUGAUGACUUAGUCACUGCACUCAUUGAUAAACUAGAAGAUGCUCCACCAGUUAAUCAGAUUGUCAAGGUGGAAUUCUUACAAGAGCGAAGCACAGCUUUGGGUGUGAUCAGUAACUGGACAGAUGAGAGUCGGAUUCCUCCAUGUACUAUCUACCAGGCAUUUAAAUACUUCCUAGACAUCACCACCCCACCCAGCCCUCUUCUCCUCCAGCAAUUCACUGCCUUGGCCAACAGUGACAAGCAGAAGAAGAAGCUGGAGCUCCUCAGCAAGGGCUUACAGGAGUAUGAGGAGUGGAAGUGGUACAACAACCCUACCAUGGUGGAGGUUCUUGAAGAGUUUCCGUCACUGCAGAUCCCCUGCACCCUGUUGCUCACCCAGUUGCCACUGCUGCAGCCACGUUACUAUUCCAUCAGUUCCUCCUCAGACACCUACCCCGGAGAGAUCCACCUCACCGUGGCAGUGGUGUCCUACCGUACCAGGGAUGGCGAGGGGCCGAUCCACCAUGGAGUCUGUUCUUCUUGGCUGAACAGGAUAGAAACAGAUGAAAUGGUCCCAUGUUUUGUUAGAGGAGCUCCAAGCUUCCGAAUGCCCAAAGAUCCCAAGGCUCCAUGUAUCCUCAUUGGUCCAGGAACUGGAAUUGCUCCCUUCAGAAGCUUCUGGCAACAGAGACUGUAUGACUAUGAGCACAGGGGAAUCACAUCCUGCCCCAUGAUCCUGGUCUUUGGAUGUCGGCAAUCUCAGAUGGAUCACAUCUACAAAGAAGAAACUAUCCAGGCAAAAAAUAAAGGGGCUUUCAAAGAACUGUAUAGCGCAUAUUCACGAGAGCCUGGAAAACCAAAGAAAUAUGUUCAAGAUGUACUUCGCGAGCAACUGGCUGAGACAGUCUACAGCUGCCUGAAGGAACAAGGUGGUCACAUUUACGUGUGUGGGGAUGUAACCAUGGCUGGGGACGUCCUCAAAACUAUCCAGCAGAUUGUCAAGCUGCAAGGGAACAUGUCUCUUGAGGAUGCUGGCUUCUACAUCAGCAAACUGCGAGAUGAAAACCGUUACCACGAAGAUAUCUUUGGAGUGACGCUGCGCACUUAUGAGGUCACCAACAGGCUGCGCUCAGAAUCCAUUGCUUUCAUCGAGGAAAGCAAGAAGGACUCAGAUGAGGUGUUCUGUUCGUAGGACUGUGCGCGGCUGGCCGAGACUUUGUGGAUGGGAUACCUGCUGGAAACUUAUGGAAAUCAUGUAAACACUGCAGCUAGUCAAGAACACUAUGUCAAGUUUUAUAUUUUAACACAUUAAAAAAAAAUCACGCUCGCAGUGAUCAGGCUGUGCAUUUAGUCUGUGGCUUUUUUUCUAAUCUCUUUACAUAUUUUCCCCACUUUUCUGGAUAUGCUUUGACUAUGUUACGAAUCACCAAUGCUCACCCAACCUUUGAGCUGUCUCUGCACCACUGCAUGCUUGAGACAACAGUAUAUUUCAUAUACUCAGUGUUAUGUUUAAUGUGCAAAUGAACACUUUUCUGUAAAGUACACUUUUUCUGGAAUUGCUCUUGAGGUGUGAAAAGGGGUGAUUCUGUAUAUAUAGGUGUCUGUGUGUUCUAGAGCAUUGUGCCUGACCUCAUACAGCUUCGUCACAGAAAGGAGGUCUUUAGCUGCAUUCUGCUUCUGCUGUCAAUGAAUUGUGCUGACAGUUUGGCAGCAUGCACCUCCUGCCCCUGCAUCGACCGGACACUCAAAUAAGCUCUGUAUGCUUUCCACACUAAGGAGAGGGAGGAUGAGCAUCUCCAGGCUGCCAUUCCGCUGUAUUUUGAGCACAUUGUGUUAUUCAAAAAGUACUGCUAGUGUCCCCCUGACAGUCCAUCACAGCAUACCUCUGAUUCUUUUUUUCUGUGUUUUUUACCUGCACUGUCUGUGCUGCUGUCAAGAACAUCUUCUGGUAUUCAGAACCAACAUCAGGUUCCGACUUGGGCUAAGUAAAGAGAGCGGCUUUCGCUGCAGACUUUUCUGGAGGACGGAAAGCACUCAAAGUGACUGUGUUCAUCAAUAUAAUACCUGUAUUAAUGAUAAAUUGUUAUGUUGGAACACUGUUCUUUUCCUUAAACAUGUCAUUAUUAUACUAAGGAUCUAAGUCGGCAUGUUUGCGGUGUUGUUUGUUGUCUGACAAUUCUUCAGUUGUUUUUCUGUGAUAUAAAGUUUUUAAUCGUGGGACUUCUGUGUUGCUGGACAAGAGGUAUAAGUGCUUUUGUAAAGAUUUUAGAUGACAUCCUGUGUGGUGGGAAAUCUGUUUCUCUCUUUGAGUAGGAAAGAGGCUAAAACAGAAGGAUGUUACGGGGUUCUGUUGUCUGUAUCAGUCCUGGGUUAUUAGGGGAAAACUGAGCUGUAUCCAACUGUGCUGGAGGAGGCAGUUUGCCAUGCCGGUGUUCCCGGUGACUGAAGUGCGACUUGAGCUGCUGCCACCAAAUUAAGAGCAGAAAGCCUUGGCAAGAUUUGCCUGUGGCCUUGGUCCCAAAUCAGCGGGCGAGAUCUGCACGGGACCCCAACAAAGCCUCUGCUUCUUCUUCAUCGCGCCUCCUCUCGGUACCCAAGCAUGCAUGGCGUUGACGCAAAACGCCUGUGUUCUUCUGCUCACGACUUCACAGGGAGGUUUUGUGCUCAGAAUGUAUUGAGGACCAAUCCUUGCCUUACGGUAAAGAAGUCAGAGCCCAGGCCUCGUUCCACCUGUCAAGCGCCCACCCAGCUGCCUGACCUCAUGCGCAGAACCAACCUGCACAGCUCACUGCAUGUCUUAAACUGCCUCAUCCUCAUCUGCCACCUCCUCCCUUCUUGUCUGGAGUCUUUUUUAAUGUGUUUAGAAAUUUAUUUUCAAUAGUGCAAUUACCACUAUGAAGGAAAUGAAAAUUUAAAAACAUUAAGAGUGUUGUCUCCGGUUAUUCCCUUGUAACGCCUUCCCUUGACACGGUUACUUGUUUUGCUGGUUGAUGCUGAAAUGCAAAUCGACAGUUGCUGUAGCCUGAUCAAUUUGCAUGUUUUUUUUUUUUUAAUUCAGAUGUACACUGGUCAUAAAAAUGAUGCCUUCUGCUGGCUGAAACACUUGGCAGACAAAUGGUUUUGCUCCCCAAGCAAAGAACUGUCUGUGCUCUGCUCUUGGCGGUUUUUGAUAAUACCCAGUGGAAAAAAGGACUGCAUCUCUUUCUUCCUUGCAAAGUGUAACACAAAGCAUGAACUAUACAUGCACAAUUUUUUGUUGACUGUGUCCCGAGAAGGCUAUACUUAUCUGGGGGAUUGAUUUUCACAAGUUUCACCCUUUGGUGGUCUACCAACCUUGCUGUUAGCAGUGUAUUUCUUUGUCUUAGUUGCCUCUUUCUCUUUCUUCGUUCCUCAUUUAGCGAGAAAACAGGCCUUGGGCGUGAUUGAUCUAAUUGAGUUUAAAUAUGAGUUCCAUUUAUCUGCGCCUGGAAAAAUAAAUUAGAUUUUUAAUGGAACAUUUUUUCAUGACUGAAGAAAGAACUUUGUUAACUGUAUGCAGCUAUUAUUGAGACUUUCAUCAAGUGAUUUACUUACGAAUGAUUACUUUGAAUGGCUUGAAAACCGCUGAAACUCUGUGAUGUAAAACGUGCAAAAAAAAAUAAAUAAAUAAAUACAGA